AGAGGGCGAUACAGCCCACGUUGGAUCCAGGGUAAAACCUGGGCCAGAUCGCGUAUGGGUGGGAACUGCGUAUUCAUCUCUGUUUAUUUGCUUUGUACCAUAGGAUGCCAAACGAACGGCAUCAGGCCUAGCGUGUCCCUGAGUCUUCCAUGUUAGAAAGAAAGAGGAGCUCCUUCCGGCACCUGAGACCUAGAACCCUCUUCCCCCUCGAUGGCCGUAGGGAGCGGCGGCGGCUCGCGGCGCGCGCGUCCGAACGUGCUAGUGACGGGGACGCCGGGGACGGGGAAGACGACAACGUGCUCGCUCCUUGCCGACGCCGCAGGCCUCCGCCACGUCAACAUCGGCGACCUCGUCCGCGAGAAGAGCCUCCACGACGGCUGGGACGCCGACCUCGAGUGCCAUGUCAUCAACGAGGACCUGGUGUGCGACGAGCUUGAGGACAUGAUGGAAGAAGGUGGCAUACUAGUAGAUUACCACGGAUGUGAUUUCUUUCCAGAACGUUGGUUUGACCUCGUAGUUGUGCUCCAGACUGACAACUCAAUUCUGCAUGAUCGCCUGACGGGUAGAGGUUACAUGGGUUCCAAACUCGCCAACAACAUAGAGUGCGAAAUCUUCCAAGUGCUCCUCGAGGAGGCGAGGGAGAGCUACAGAGAGGACAUCGUGAUGCCAUUGCGAAGUGACAACGUGGAGGAUAUUAGUAGGAACGUAGGUGCACUGACAGACUGGGUAAACAAUUGGAGACCUAGUUAGACCUGUCAAAAGAAAUGUUGCCUUAUGUGUUGUAUUUGGAUAUGUAUUGGGUGGACCAGCUGCCAUGUUUGUAAUGUACGGGGUGUUUUGGUUAAAGAAACGAAGUCGUUCAUCCUCGUCUUAUUCUUUUCUUCUAAUGGAGUCAAUUACUUAAAUCAUUA